CGCAGGACGCCUGUGUGGAGAGUUUUGUAGGAAGUUUUUCGUUUUAUUUUGUUAAUGCCACCGUUGCGUCCUCUCGCUCGCAACACAAGCCACACCUCCUCAAAAAAGCCAUUAUUCUUAAUUCCUGUUUCACGGUCAAAUUUCAUGCAGAAAGUUUUCCAUUUAGGGCUUUGGCAUUGUCUGCGGGGCAUGCUCUCUCGCUGGUCUCGUGGGUUUGUUGUGUUGGAGGCUGGCUCUGGAGGUUUCUGUAUGUAAGUUUGCGAAGUGUUGGCGGCGCUUCUGAGCAGUUAUGUUAUUGUUGCGGACAGUGUGAAGAGCGACGCGGUCGAGAGCUGUUGAGGAAUUGUGAAAUUUUUUAGGUGACAAGGGACAGGGGGUUGCGGGGGAUAAGGGAUUUAGGGGUUUGGAAGUUUGGGCUUGGGUUUAGGUGCGCGAGCAUGUGAUUAAGCCGGUGAGUGUGAAUUUUUAAGGUGUAAUCGGAGUUGAUGGGUUCAAUGAUGAGUUCUUAGUGGAUGUGCUACUUGGACUCUGCUCAGCGUCAAAAAACUUCGCCGUUCUAGUUGUCAAUCUGCCCUGCAUCACUAUCUGUGGAAAUUUUGACUUGCUUGGAUAUUAGUAAGCGGGUGCUUAUCUUGAGGUGGUCUAGUGGAAAGGAACGAGUUGUUGUGAACGACUGGUGGUUUUUUUGCUUAUUGUGUCUUUGUUGGAGAAUGAAGUCAUGAAGGGGGUGUUGGUGCUCGCAGAUACCCAUUGCGAUUCAGUUCCAGAUGUUAUCUCAAAACUUUUGCAAUGGCAUGAAUCGUAAUUCUUGUUCAAGGCUUGGGGUAUGUUCAUCCAGAAUGCAUGAUGGUUGCACGUAUUAAUUGCAGGUAUGCGAAUCCGGUCUGUUUGUACAUUGGGCCAGAUCAUCCGCUCCUCUCUCUCACGCGCCUGUGCACGAACAAGCUGGAAUGAACUUGUUGAGACAAGCCCUGCGCAGGUUAUGCAUCAGAAAGGGUUUGUGUCUGUGUUUCAGAUUUGGAAAUCAUGGAACUUGAAAGAGUUUGACAGUUUCUUUCAAGGGCUGAGAGAGUUCUCAUAUCGAAAAUGCCACUCCGAAAUGUAUUGGAGACCAGUUUUUUUUGUCAGUUUAGCUGACAAAAAGGGUCAGAUGUUGUUGCAAUCAUUGGGUUUGCUGGUGGGUGAGGCUUGGUAUCAACGCCACAAUGGACUGGCAGCGGCGGAACAGCUUCAUGGCAGUUGGGUGUUGACAAGUCAGACUCACGACACAAGUAUCAAGUCUGUGCUCAAAGAGACAGUCGAAGCGAUUAUACUCUGGUUUAGGUUAAUAUAUUUGGUGGUACUCUUUACUCCAACCCUUGUUGUUGGGGUCUUUAUCAACCAGACCGAGGGAGGACUACGGAGGUUUUGGUUACAUCUUUUACUGCGGUCACUUGAAGCUGCUGGUCCGGCCUUCAUAAAAUGGGGACAAUGGGCUUCUACACGACCUGAUAUCUUUCCCGCAGACAUUUGCGACGAGCUUUCUAGGCUGCAUAUGCAGGCUCCCAGGCAUAGCUAUGCAGAAACAAGGAAAAUCAUGGAGAAAGCUUUUAGGGUUCCUAUUGAAACCUUAUUUGACGACUUCGAGUGCGAGCCUGUGGCUUCCGGUAGCAUUGCUCAGAUUCACCGGGCUGUGUUAAAGAAACCUCCUGGAAACGGUCCUCCUCUAAUUGUUGCUGUGAAGGUUCGACAUCCAAAAGUCAAUGACCUUAUACAAAAAGAUUUUGUUAUCAUCAGAUAUUUAGCUCGGAUAUCAACAGCGCUUCCAGGCAUUAAGCACUUACAGCUGGAUAAGAGUGUUCAACACUUUGCUGCUUUUAUGACCAGGCAGGUGGAUUUAACAUUAGAGGCUGCUCACCUCCAGAGAUUUAUUUAUAAUUUUCGAAAGUCAAAAGAUGUUUCUUUUCCCACACCUAUUUAUCCAUACGUGCAUCCCACAGUUUUGGUAGAGAUUGUAUAUAUUCAGACGUACGAAGAAGGGCUUUCAGUGGCGAAGUAUGUAAAUUCAGGACCUCUGACAAAAACACACUCACAGCUUGCAAACAUUGGCAGUAGCUGCCUCUUAAAGAUGAUGCUUCAAGACAAUUUUAUUCACGGAGAUUUACACCCAGGAAAUAUUUUUGUGCGAUUUGUAGACAAUGUUCCCAAGAUUGUCCUUUUAGAUGUGGGCAUGACAGCAGAAUUGAAUUCACACAGUCGGGCAGUAAUGCUACAACUUUUUAAGGCUGUUGCAUCUAAAAAUGGACGUGAUGUUGCUACUUACACUUUGCAAUUUUCAGAUGAUCAGACUUGUCCAGAUCCGGAGGCUUUUAAGCAGGCCGUGGAUGAUAAAUUUAAAGAAUAUCUGUCCAUUCGAGGAACAGCGAAAAAUACUGGCGAGUGUAUGACUGAAUUAUUUGACCAAAUACGCAAGCAUCAUGUGAACAUGGACGGCGAUGUGUGCACUGUUAUGGUCACUACUUUGAUAUUAGAGGGUUGGCAAAGGAAAUUGGAUCCUGAUCUUGAUUUGUUUAAGAUCUUGGGAGACAUGUUGAUGGCAGCAGAAUAUGCAAUUCCUUUCGAUUACACCAUAAGUGCAGUUGCUGCUCCAUGAUUUGGGGCAUAUUCAUGCGAUUGUUCUAUAUUAUUUCACUUUCAUCAUUGAAGAAAGUCGAUAGUGGUUCCAAAUGUGUGGAAUGACUUGGGACGACCUUGUGUACCUUGGACAACCUCCUGAAACGGAUUUAGUUCCUAUUCCAUUCAGUUUCAGUUUCAGUUUCUGUUUCCACAUCUACUAGUUUUUUCAGAAACUUUCGGAGCAUUACCUGUAGUUAGUACACAACGCCACCCAAUUCUUAGUUCUUCAAGCUAACCGACCUGUGCUGGCCAAAUUUGAAGGAUGCCCAACUUGUGUUUCGGCAGUGAAGUAUACAGGCCUGCACCUUGUAAAUAAACCUUAUUUUAAAAAGUUCCAUUUCUAA